AUGGCGGCUCCUCAAUCACAGACGAGGGGCCGCAGUAUAAGACGCGAUGAUCGCAUCCCGUUCAGUUUGGUGCCGGAUCGGGGGUACGACAGUCUUUUGAAACAUAAUUCGUUCUUUCGGGAGGAGCAUGUUCAUUACGCGACUACGGAUGCUGUGUUGGGGGAUGGUGUGGUGAGUAUUGCGGUGGAUAAGAAGACUGGGAAUGUGUAUAUGUUCGUCUAUACGGCCGCGGGAUCAUUAGCGAUACCGGCAUGGAAUGUACACGACAAUAAGCGGCUGAUGCAUAAUGUUGCGGAGGAGAUGCCGGCGGCUGAGGCGAAGGUGGAACAUCGCAAGGAGAUCGUGGUGGGGACGUUGAUGUAUUUCGACAAUAUUGGGAGGGAGUUACGGCCGUCUUUGGUGUCUUCGGCGGAAAGUCUUGGCGUGGUGGAAGGAGCUUUGUGGGGGUUGGAGCAUGCUGUUGCGUUCGCGUCUGGGUGUGAGCGGGUGGAGAAUGGGAAGUAUGUUGGUCAGGCACUAUCUGCGGUUGCGGAGCCACGAGGGUGUCGCAGUAUCAUGUUUGACGUGGUCGUGCCGGAUGGAUCGUCGACAGCACCAGCUGUGCAGAGCUUCUUGAUGGCAUUCGGGGAUGAGAUCGCAGACAGUUUAUCCUCGCCAGAACGACCACAAGCACGACAGCGAGCUGUAUCACCUCUGCCUCGUCCAAAAUCGGACGAAGACAGACAAUCCGCGGUGUACGAUGUCCUCCAUGAGCUUCUAGCAACCGAAACCUCCUACGUCGAGCGUCUUCGUCAUCUCUUCCUCGAUUACGCCAAUCCACUCAUGGCAAAGGCAAAGCUCAGUCAACUCGAUACCCUUACACCUUACGCUAUCUCCAAACUCUUCUUGCCAGUCAAAGUGCAGGCCAUGAUGGACCUGAACUCAGCAUUCCUGACCUCACUCCAGAAAGCUGGAUUUGACGCCGCGGCAGUCGCGGAUGCAUGUUUUCAACACUUCCCGCUGUUCAAGGAUGCAUAUGAAACCUAUCUCGAUGCAAGCGAUCAAUUCGAGGUGUUGCUGAAGGAAUACCAACAGCAGUCUCGCUCUCUGGAAGAGUUUGUCACCGCUGUAAAGUAUAAAACAGCGCACAAAGUCGGGUUGCGAGAGUUGUUGUUUGAGCCUGUACAAAGACUACCCCGGUACACUCUCCUGAUCAACAGGAUCAUCGAGAACCUUCCGGCGGAGCAAGCCAAGGUUAAGGAGCGAUUCUCCAGUGCCUUGAGCCAUGUCGAGAAUAUCGCACGCAUGCAGAGGAAGGACGAGGAAAUGAGCAGCCGGUCUUUCUACCGGAUACGUACGCUUGUGGAGGGAUACCCCGCUGAUCUAGGUGCGAGCCAUCGGAAGUUGAUCACCGCGAUUGACGCCGUGGACGUCCCACCACCAUUCGUGGAGGACGUGCAUCCCGGGACACCAUGCACCAUUCUCCUCCUUUCAGACUGCCUCGUCCUCGUCGAACGACGAAGUCGUGACAUAUCAGGCGCACAAUCUGUGCUGAAAGACAAUGGCCGUCCUAUCGUUACCAAGUCACCAACGAGAGGCAGUGUGUUGUUGCCUAGCCAGAGCAUCCUCGAUAUCCAAAAACAGACCGGCCAGCAAUGGCAAAUGAAAUACGUUGGGCGCGUACGUCUGGAUGAUGUCACAUUAGCCGAAGCGGACGACGGCCGGGGUCUAUGGUUUAAGCUGCCGGCUGGGCUGGGAGCAGGGUACCAGGCCUGGUUCGACGCGAGGCCAGAGAUGAAGAUGGUAUUGGAGUGGCAGGAGGGCGGGAUGUUUGCCGCAAGUCAAUUUGCCAAAGCAUUCUUCGAGCAGAAGUUAUCGCUCAAGAUGACUAUGUCUAUCUCGAGACGAGAGUUUCAGUUCAAGGGCACGAGAUACGUCGCCGUGAUUUAUGAGGAAAGCAGAUACAACUCCGAGUCAUCACGGACAAAGAUGGCAAUCAAGUUCGGUAGCUCGCAGAGUCGGACGAUGAGGGUGCAGAAUGUGGUCGAUGUUAGGCCUGUUGCGGAUGAGUCGUUCAUUGCUGUGCCGAACUGGGAGGAGGAGGAGAAUGCUUCUGCGCUGAAGGGAAGACGGGGGAACGUGUUCGUUGAACGGCUGCGUUAUCUUGUCUGGAUUGCUGCUCAUCGGAACGCGUUCCCGUAUGCGGAGGAAAACAUCAUUCCCUUCGUUGCUGCUAAUCGGGUGUUUGUUGAGUCACUACUUCAAGGUCCGCCACCGCCAGGAAGCCCAAAGAAGCCCAGGCCGCUGUCGUUAAAUGUGUCUAUGGGUCCGCCUUCGAUGAGGACAGCUACGUCGAGUCAAUCCCUACCCCUUGAUGCCAACGCCCGGCAAGACUGGAAUACACAGCACAAGAACGCAAGCACAUUCAGUUUGGGUAGCUUGACCGGCGGGAGUAUACGUUCGCGGAGUAUCUCGCCCACCAAAUUCUUCCAGAUGCCCCGGAUACCGAGUCCAACACGAAGCAACACCUCAGUCUCGCCAGCCCGGUCAGAUACUUCCAGGCGUAGCAUGAGUCCCACAAAGUUCAUGGAUAUCUUCAAGUCUGCGGAUGCGAAGCCUGAGAGGUUUGAGAAGACCUUCGCUGCGUUCCGAGAUGGUUUCGCCGAGUUUGAGGGUCUGGAUUGGAAGGAGUUGUUGCAACCGCCAUCGGGGGCUGAGGGAAGUGCUGCGAAGGAUAUUGCCGCAUUGCUGGAUGGUGGGAAGGCGGGGUAUGAAGCCAUCACUGGUUCUCCGGCGAAGGUCGCAUUUCAUGCAUUGAGGGUGUAUGUGAGGAUGUACGUCCUACCGAAAUUGAACAAGCGGUUCGUGUCGAAGGAUGUACAGAAGGAGCUUCAGAGUGCGACGUCGAUGCAUUAUCGGGAUAUCGUUCUGGGUAUGUCUGAGGAGCGUCAGAGAAUCUUGCAAGCAUUCUUGGAUGUGGUGAAGAGUAUUGUGGAUAAACUCAAGACGAGGAAGGGCAAGGAGAAGGUCAACAUUGAGUUAUCUGGGGAAGCUGGUCUUCCACCGGCUGUGGUAUGGUCUUUAUUGGGGAUUGAGCUGCCUACAUCGAGGAGUUCAAGUCCCCAUAGCCCGGUGCACGAGAACCCGCCUCCUUCUCCUGGACUUCUGCGACCUCCGUCUCAGCCAUUGAAGUUGAGUGCGAGGCCGGCAUCCCUUGCGCCUCCGACGGCGAGCUCGUAUGCAGCAUCUACACGUUCAUCGAUUGUCUCCGAAUCUCAACAAAGCAACUUUGAGGUCUUCGAUGCGAAGUCGGUUGCUAGUUACGAACCGUCAAUCGUCAGCGAACAUCACUUCGAAGUCCACAGUGUUGGCAGCCCAAAGAAGGUGUACCUCGACGUCGGCAAAGGGUUGCCUAAUACCCCUCCUCAAGCAAGCACGACAAGUCUGCAGAUCCCAUUCGACAGUGUGAGUAUCGCCGAAUCAGACAACGCUGCAGAUCUCGAUCCGCCCAAACCUUUCUUCUCCCAGCCUAACGAAAGCAUUUCGAGCAUGAGUUUAAGAAGCAUUGCUAAGGCUGCGUCUCUGAGACGGGCACCUACGCAUGCGUCGCAGAAGGCUGAAGUUGGCCUUGAUGUCAAGGAACUCGAGGAGGAGUACGCGAUGAUGCGGAAGGUGUCUGCGCAGAAGGCAGCGGAGGCUUCUGAACGAGAAUCCACUCCUGUCGACCUUACCAAGGAGAAUGAUUCUUUCGCGCAGUUGGAGCCCUCUGCUGGUUAUGCAGCUGGAGUUGAAGACGAUGGCCCUGUCGCCAUUGAUGGCGAUACUAGCCUUGAUGCUGAUCCUGAGAGCUUCAUCCACACAGCCCAGAGAGCAGUCUCGGUAUCAAGACCAAGACUAAGGGGCCAACUAGGAAUACCAAACACCCAAAUCACGCCUAUCUCAACAGGAUGGCAGAAGGACAACGGUUUCGUCUGGGAGCAACCAACUUCGCCUACCGUGGAGGAGUCAGAGGAGUCAGUUUUGGACGACCUGAUGGGCGAGUUCAACCCGGCUCUUGCCUUUAUCUUGCAGAAUGAUGGAUGA